AUGAUAGCAUCAAGAUCAUCAAAUUAUCAUGGACCUUCAUCAAUAAGCACAUCAAGUCAUACAACAGAAUCACCGCCGUUAGUUAACAAUAAUCAUUCUGAAAGUGAUACGGUUUUAGUAGCAAAAAAAUUAAGUAAUAUGAAUUUGGUUGAACGUGAAGAGCGACAACAAGCACUUGAUCGUUUAGAACUACUUAAAACGGUUGGUACAGGUUCCUAUGGUCAUGUUCUUGUUGUACGAGAUCGUGAAACAUCAAAUUAUCAUGCAUUAAAAAUAUUUUCUAUUACUCAUGUUGUACAAUCUCGACAAACUGAACAUGUUAAAUGUGAAAAAGAAAUUUUAUCAGCUAUAAAACAUCCAUUUAUUGUACGACUUCACUGGACACAUCAUUCGGAUCAAUUUCUUUAUAUGCUUUUUGAUUAUAUGCCUGGUGGAGAAUUAUUUACAUAUAUGAGACGAAGAUGUACAUUUGAUUUAAAAACAUCAUUAUUUUAUAUAUGUGAAAUAACACUUGCAUUUGAAUAUUUACAUUCAUUACAAGUUAUUUAUCGUGAUUUAAAACCAGAAAAUAUUCUUCUUGAUGCUGAAGGUCAUGUUAAACUUGUGGAUUUUGGUUUUGCAAAAAAAAUUCUAAAUAAAACAUUUACAACAUGUGGUACACCUGAUUAUCUAAGUCCAGAAUUAUUUAAAAAUACAGGACAUAAUAAAAGUACGGAUUGGUGGAGUUUAGGAAUAUUAUUAUUUGAAAUGUUAGCUGGAGGAACACCAUUUAAUCCAAAUCAAAAUGAAAGUGAAAUUCCUGGUCGUGUUUUAGCUGGUCGAAUAGCAUGGCCACGUACAAUCGAUGAAACAACAAAAGCAUUUAUUAAAAAAUUGCUUACACAAAAUCCAGAUAAACGUCUUGGUGCUGGUCGCAAUGGUUCACGUGAAGUAAAAGAACAACCAAUAUUUGCAUCUAUUAAAUGGGAUGAUGUUUAUGCACGAAAAUCAAAACCACCUAUUGUACCUUCUGUAAAACAUCCAGGUGAUACAUCAUGUUUUGAUCAAUAUCAAGAAGAUUGGAAAUCAGCACCAUUUGCAUCCGAUAAAGAACUUGAUUUAUUUGUGGAUUUUUAA